UUAGAGGCCGUUGAUGGACCAGCCUGGUAAAGAGGCGGGGUUAGAAUGGGACAGAGCACCUCGGAACAAGAGGUCCAAGAACAUGCAGAUGUCCUUCUGGAGGUGAGAACGCACAAUCCGGUCCUCUAGCAUUUACUCUGGCCCCAUUGACCUCACCAACUACUACUGUACCACUCUCAUAGAGCGAGUGAGGGGAAAGAGGCUACCCAGUCAGUUGCACAACUGUAUGAAUUCAACUGAAAUGUGUCUUCAGCAGUAUGUAUCCACCAUCUGUCAGACCAUAGCCUACUUCUCAUCAAUAACUGCAGCUGAGUUCUUUUUUCUUUUGUCUCUUCUCCUGAUCAAUAAUCACUGACCGCCCUCCCCCUACAGCUCAAUUACUGAUUGGCUGAGAGCCAGAGUACUAAAAGCCCAUUGGCCUUGCCCCAUAGUUAUACACUAUCUGAUUGGUCACGUGACCAGUGGUCAACUCAGCCAUUUCCUUCACUCACACACACACACUUUCUAUUGCAGCAACACUGUAAAUAAGCUUAUCUCCAAGCUAGGAUCUCCACUCCUUCAAUGAGUCACAUAGGGCCUAGUCUUAAUCAGCGAAGCGAUUAGAACAGGGAAGGUCUUUUUGGCAGGACAUCACUCAAGUUCUACGAUAACUCUUGGCUCUCUCUCACUCGUUCCUUCGCGCUCUCUUGUUUCCUCUCUAGUUUGCUCUGUUUCCUGUUCUCUCUUUCUCUCACUCCCUCACUCACUCACUCUCUCUCAUACACACACAGCUGGACACAGUACAGACAGCUGAUCACAGCCAAAUCAGAUUGUGUCAUGUCUCAAUGGGCUCUGUGCUGUUGUUUGGUGCAGCAGCAGUCACUCUUCCUAUUAUUGGUCUCAGGGCCAGGCUGACAUGGGCACAAGGCAACUAAAUCAACAUGGACAGAAGGCAAUUAGGCUUACUUUAUUCUAAUGAUCAUCAUCAAAAGUAUUGUUAGUGAGAUCUGUUGUCCCAUGUAUUUAUAUGGAGCUUUUUGCAUUAAGCUGGGUAAAGAAGGGAAUGACAGAAGGAGGGAUGAACAAUAGAAAUAAAACGAGUAGGGUGGGGUGCUAACAGAAGAGGAUGUUGUUGUUGAUGAUAGUUAGGCCAAACUAAACACACUGGAAAUUGUCAUCCACGCCUGAUUCAACCCAGAUUACGUCAUCAUUCCUCCUCCUCUGACAUUCCUUUCCCCAGGCAUGGCAAAUCCCAAGCCCUGAAUUCCUUUACACAUCAGUUACUUAACUCAGUGACUGGAAAAAGCUCCCUGUGUACGUAGUAUAUAGGCUAUUUCACAUGGUUGUUCACUUCUCUUUUUUUGUCUACCAACAGGAAGGGUUUAACAACAUCAAGGCGUUUGUGGAAGAAGAGCUACAGACGAGCAUGGUUAGUUUGUAUGUUGUGCUGUUGUGGUCUGGUGUGCGGUGUUUCAUUCCAUGAAGUCGUUAUAAUUAUGCUCUAACUACCGGCUGCACACCUCUCUCUUUCUGUCUCUCUCUACAUCUCUCUCCCUCUGUCUGUCUCUCUGUUCCUGUCUAGAUGAUGGGGAUGGUGAUUGGUGCGGGCAUUGCCAUCAUCCUCAUCGCCAUCCUCAUCUUCUUCAUGCUGCGGAGGAUCCAGCUCAGAAGUACGUUUCACAUUCUCUCUCCAAUUAGUUUUCUCCGAUAACUAUGAAAUGAAAUAAAUGCUAGUUUCAGUUUCAGUAGCGAUUGCCCUUCACUUACACCUAUGCACUUUCUAGGGCUGUCCCCAACAACAACAACAACAAAUUGGUCGACCAAGAGUUGUCGAUAGGUCAAUUGUUAUUUGUGUAUUUUUCCAUAUACACUAUAUGGCCGGACACCCCUUCAAAUUAGUGGAUUCGGCUAUUUCAGCCACACCCAUUGCUGACAGGUGUAUAAAAUCCAUCACACAGCCAUGCAAUCUCCGUAGACAAACAUUGGCAGUAGAAUGGCCCGUACUGAAGAGCUCAGUGACUUUGAACGUGGCACCGUCAUAGGAUGCCAACUUUCCAACAAGUCCGUUCGUAAAAUUUCUGCCCUGCUAGAGCUGCCCCGGUCAACUGUAAGUGGUGUUAUUGUGAAGUGGAAACUUCUAGGAGCAACAACGGCUCAGCCGCGAAGUGGUAGGCCACACAAGAUCACAGAACGGGACCGCCGAGUGCUGAAGCACAUAGCGCGUAAAAAUCGUCUGUCCUCUGUUGCGACAAUCACUACCGAGUUCCAAACUGCCUCUAGAAGCAACGUCAGCACAAUAACUGUUCGUCGGGAGCUUCAUGAAAUGGUUUUCCAUGGCCGAGCAGCUGCACACAAGCCUAAGAUCACCAUGUGUAAUACCAAGCGUCAGCUGGAGUCGUGUAAAGCUCGACACCAUUGGACUCUGGAGCAGUGGAAACGCGUUCUCUGGAGUGAUAAAUCACGCUUCACCAUCUGGCAGUCUGACGGACAAAUCUGUGUUUGGCGGAUGCCAGGAGAAUGCUACAGUGCCUUGCAAAAGUAUUCAUCCCCCUUGGCGUUUUUCCUAUUUUGUUGCAUUACAACCUGUAAUUUACAUGGAUUUUUAUUUGGAUUUCAUGUAAUGGACAUACACAAAAUAGUCCAAAUUGGUGAAGUGAAAUGAAAAAAAUAACUUGUUUCAAAAAAGUAUUAAAAAUAAAUAACGGAAAAGUGGUGCGUGCAUUUGUAUUCACCCCCUUUGCUAUGAAGCCCCUAAAUAAGUUCUGGUGCAACCAAUUACCUUCAGAAGUCACAUCAUUAGUUAGAUUUCAUCAGUAUAUAUACACCUGUUCUGAAAGGCCCCAGAGUCUGCAACACCACUAAGCAAGGGCCACCACCAAGCAAGCGGCACCAUGAAGGUCAGGGACAAAUUUGUGGAGAAGUACAGAUCAGGGUUGGGUUAUAAAAAAAUAUCAGAAACUUUGAACAUCCCACGGAGCGCCAUUAAAUCCAUUAUUAAAAAAUUGAAAGAAUAUGGCACCAAAACAAACCUGCUAAGAGAGGGCCGCCCACCAAAACUCAUGGCCCAGGCAAGGAGGGCAUUAUUCAGAGAGGCAACAAAGAGACCAAAGAUAACCCUGAAGGAGCUGUAAAGCGCCACAGUGGAGAUUGGAGUAUCUGUCCAUAGGACCACUUUAAGCCGUACACUCCAGAGAGCUGGGCUUUACAGAAGAGUGGCCAAAAAAAGCCAUUGCUUAAAGAAAAAAAUAAGCAAACACGUUUGGUGUUCGCCAAAAGGCCUGUGGGUGAUUCCCCAAACAUAUGGAAGAAGGUACUCUGGUCAGAUGAGACUAAAAUUGAGCUUUUUGGCCAUCAAGGAAAACGCUAUGUCUGGCGCAAACCCAACACCUCUCAUCACCCCGAGAACACCAUCCCAGUGAAGCACGGUGGUGGCAGCAUCAUGCUGUGGGGAUGUUUUUCAUCGGCAGGGACUGGGAAACUGGUCCGAAUUGAAGGAAUGAUGGAUGGCACUAAAUACAGGGAAUUUCUUGAGGGAAACCUGUUUCAGUCUUCCAGAGAUUUGAGACUGGGAUGGAGGUUCACCUUCCAGAAGGACAAUGACCCUAAGCAUACUGCUAAAGCAACACUCGAGUGGUUUAAGGGGAAACAUUUAAAUGUCUUGGAAUGGCCUAGUCAAAGCCCAGACCUCAAUCCAAUUGAGAAUCUGUGGAAUGACUUAAAAAUUGCUGUACACCAGCGGAACCCAUCCAACUUGAAGGAGCUGGCGCAGUUUUGCCUUGAAGAAUGGGCAAAAAUCCCAGUGGCUAGAUGUGCCAAGCUUAUAGAGACAUACCCCAAGAGACUUGCAGCUGUAAUUGCUGCAAAAGGUGGCGCUACAAGUAUUGACUCUGGGAGGGUGAAUAGUUAUGCACGCUCAAAUUCAGUUCUUUUGUCUUAUUUCUUUGUUUCACAAGAAAUAUUUGCAUCUUCAAGUGGUAGGCAUGUUGGGUAAUCAAGAAAAAAAAUUAUUCCAGGUGGACUAUUUAAGUGUCACAUGAUCUGUCACAUGAUCUCAGUGUAUAUAUACAGUGGGGGAAAAAAGUAUUUAGUCAGCCACCAAUUGUGCAAGUUCUCCCACUUAAAAAGAUGAGAGAGGCCUGUAAUUUUCAUCAUAGGUACACGUCAACUAUGACAGACAAAAUGAGAAAGAAAUCCAGAAAUCACAUUGUAGGAUCUUUUAUGAAUUUAUUUGCAAAUUAUGGUGGAAAAUAAGUAUUUGGUCAAUAACAAAAGUUUCUCAAUACUUUGUUAUAUACCCUUUGUUGGCAAUGACACAGGUCAAACGUUUUCUGUAAGUUUUCACAAGGUUUUCACACACUGUUGCUGGUAUUUUGGCCCAUUCCUCCAUGCAGAUCUCCUCUAGAGCAGUGAUGUUUUGGGGCUGUCGCUGGGCAACACGGACUUUCAACUCCCUCCAAAGAUUUUCUAUGGGGUUGAGAUCUGGAGACUGGCUAGGCCACUCCAGGACCUUGAAAUGCUUCUUACGAAGCCACUCCUUCGUUGCCCGGGCGGUGUGUUUGGGAUCAUUGUCAUGCUGAAAGACCCAGCCACGUUUCAUCUUCAAUGCCCUUGCUGAUGGAAGGAGGUUUUCACUCAAAAUCUCACGAUACAUGGCCCCAUUCAUUCUUUCCUUUACACGGAUCAGUCGUCCUGGUCCCUUUGCAGAAAAACAGCCCCAAAGCAUGAUGUUUCCACCCCCAUGCUUCACAGUAGGUAUGGUGUUCUUUGGAUGCAACUCAGCAUUCUUUGUCCUCCAAACACGACAAGUUGAGUUUUUACCAAAAAGUUCUAUUUUGGUUUCAUCUGACCAUAUGACAUUCUCCCAAUCCUCUUCUGGAUCAUCCAAAUGCACUCUAGCAAACUUCAGACGGGCCUGGACAUGUACUGGCUUAAGCAGGGGGACACGUCUCGCACUGCAGGAUUUGAGUCCCUGGCGGCGUAGUGUGUUACUGAUGGUAGGCUUUGUUACUUUGGUCCCAGCUCUCUGCAGGUCAUUCACUAGGUCCCCCCGUGUGGUUCUGGGAUUUUUGCUCACCGUUCUUAUGAUCAUUUUGAUCCCACGGGUGAGAUCUUGCGUGGAGCCCCAGAUCGAGGGAGAUUAUCAGUGGUCUUGUAUGUCUUCCAUUUCCUAAUAAUUGCUCCCACAGUUGAUUUCUUCAAACCAAGCUGCUUACCUAUUGCAGAUUCAGUCUUCCCAGCCUGGUGCAGGUCUACAAUUUUGUUUCUGGUGUCCUUUGACAGCUCUUUGGUCUUGGCCAUAGUGGAGUUUGGAGUGUGACUGUUUGAAGUUGUGGACAGGUGUCGUUUAUACUGAUAACAAGUUCAAACAGGUGCCAUUAAUACAGGUAAUGAGUGGAGGACAGAGGAGCCUCUUAAAGAAGAAGUUACAGGUCUUUGAGAGCCAGAAAUCUUGCUUGUUUGUAGGUGACCAAAUACUUAUUUUCCACCAUAAUUUGUAAAUAAAUUCAUUAAAAAUCCUACAAUGUGAUUUUCUGGAUUUCUUUUUCUCAAUUUGUCUGUCAUAGUUGACGUGUACCUAUUAUGAAAAUUACAGGCCUCUCUCAUCUUUUUAAGUGGGAGAACUUGCAUAAUUGGUGGCUGACUAAAUACUUUUUUCCCCCACUGUACACCUGUUCUGAAAGGCCCCAUAGUCUGCAACACCACUAAGCAAGGGCCACCACCAAGCAAGCGGCACCAUGAAGACCAAAGAGCUCUCCAAACAGGUCAGGGACAAAUUUGUGGAGAAGUACAGAUCAGGGUUGGGUUAUAAAAAAAAAACUGAAACUUUGAACAUCCCACGGAGCGCCAUUAAAUCCAUUAUUAAACAAUGGAAAUAAUAUGGCACCAAAACUAACCUGCUAAGAGAGGGCAGCCCACCAAAACUCACGGCCCAGGCAAGGAGGACAUUAAUCAGAGAGGCAACAAAGAGAUCCAAGAUAACCCUGAAGGAGCUGUAAAGCGCCACAGUGGAGAUUGGAGUAUCUGUCCAUAGGACCACUUUAAGCCGUACACUCCACAGAGCUGGGCUUUACAGAAGAGUGGCCAGAAAAAAGCCAUUGCUUAAAGAAAAAAAUAAGCAAACACGUUUGGUGUUCGCCAAAAGGCAUGUGGGUGACUCCCCAAACAUAUGGAAGAAGGUACUCUGGUCAGAUGAGACUAAAAUUGAGCUUUUUGGCCAUCAAGGAAAACGCUAUGUCUGGCGCAAACCCAACACCUCUCAUCACCCCGAGAACACCAUCCCAGUGAAGCACGUGGUGGCAGCAUCAUGCUGUGGGGAUGUUUUUCAUCGGCAGGGACUGGGAAACUGGUCAGAAUUGAAGGAAUGAUGGAUGGCGCUAAAUACAGGGAAUUUCUUGAGGGAAACCUGUUUCAGUCUUCCAGAGAUUUGAGACUGGGAUGGAGGUUCACCUUCCAGAAGGACAAUGACCCUAAGCAUACUGCUAAAGCAACACUCGAGUGGUUUAAGGGGAAACAUUUAAAUGUCUUGGAAUGGCCUAGUCAAAGCCCAGACCUCAAUCCAAUUGAGAAUCUGUGGAAUGACUUAAAAAUUGCUGUACACCAGCGGAACCCAUCCAACUCGAAGGAGCUGGAGCAGUUUUGCCUUGAAGAAUGGGCAAAAAUCCCAGUGGCUAGAUGUGCCAAGCUUAUAGAGACAUACCCCAAGAGACUUGCAGCUGUAAUUGCUGCAAAAGGUGGCGCUACAAAGUAUUGACUCUGGGAGGGUGAAUAGUUAUGCACGCUCAAAUUUUCAGUUCUUUUGUCUUAUUUCUUGUUUGUUUCACAAGAAAACAUAUUUUGCAUCUUCAAAGUGGUAGGCAUGUUGGGUAAAUCAAAUGAUCCAAACCCCCCCAAAAAUCCAAUUUUAAUUCCAGGUUGUAAGGCAACAAAAUAGGAAAAUGCCUAGGGGGAGUGAACUUUCGCAAGCCACUGUACCUGCCCGAAUGCAAAGUGCUAACUAUAAAGUUUGGUGGAGGAGGAAUAAUGGUCUGAGGCUGUUUUUCAUGGUUCGGGCUAGGCCCCUUAGUUCCAGUGAAGGAAAAUCUUAAUGCUACAGCAUACAAUGACAUUCUAGACAAUUCUGUCCUUCCAACUUUAUGGCAACAGUUUGUGGAAUGCCCUUUCCUGUUUCAGCAUGACAAUGACCCCGUACACAAAGCGAGGUCCAUACAGGAAUGGUUUGUCGAGAUCGGUGUGGAAGAACUUGACUGGCCUGCACAGAGCCCAGACCUCAACCCCAUCGAACACCUUUGGGAUGAAUUGGAACUCCGACUGCGAACCAGGCCUAAUCGCCCAACAUCAGUGCCCGACCUCACUUAUGCUCUUGUGGCUGAAUGGGAGCAAGUCCCCACAGCAAUGUUCCAACAUCUAGUGGAAAGCCUUCCCAGAAGAGUGGAGCUUGUUAUAGCAGCAAAGGGGGGACCAACUCUAUAAUAAUGCCCAUGAUUUUGGAAUGAGAUGUUCGACAAGCAGGUGUCUCUUGCCCAUACUCUUGGCCAUAUAGUGUUUUAAUAAAAUCAACUAUAUGUACUGAGCUUGUCUGAUGCUUUAAGCACACUGUCUAGUAUCUCCAUAUAUGUAUGUUGUAACUUCUCACAGACCUGCAGGCCCAGGAGGCUCCCAAGUAUCGAUUCCGCAAGAGGGACAAGGUCAUGUUCUAUGGCCGAAAGAUCAUGCGCAAGGUUAGUGGCUGUGGUGGGAUGCGUUUUGGGGAUUCUAGCAAAGUAAAAUGGUACCCUUUUGUUCGACAAUGCAUAUUUUUGCCCUAGUUGACCUUUGACCUCUUGCGCUCACAGGUGUCCCAGUCCACCUCUUCCCUGGUGGGCACAGCUUCCUCCUCGCGCCCACGACUUAAAAAGAAGCAGAAAAUGCUCAACAUUGCCAAAAAGUGUGUGAACACGGUUUACCCUGUCUACUCUACUCUACUGAUAUCCAUGAUGCUAACGAACUUAGUGACUACAGAGUAGAGAACAAUAGUCUGUUAUACAUUUGUCCUCUCGCUCUCUCCAUCCCUCCCUCUCUCCUCCCUCCAGGAUUCUGCGUUUUAAGAAGGAGGUGCCCACACUGGUAGCUAAGGAGCCUCCUCCCUCAGUGCUGGAGGCCGACCUCACAGAGUUUGACGUGGCCAACUCCCACCUGCCCUCUGAGGUGCUCUACAUGCUAAAGAACGUCCGGUACGUAGGGACUUCUCAGUGUUUGUGUGUGUGUAGUGUACUCUGUGUGUGUUAAGAUGUUGUCUUAUCUAUAUGGAGGAGAUGUAUCAUGGGUAAAUUGUGACUGACUGAUCUACAAAUAAUAUUGAGUAGUUAUUUAUGAUGCAAGGUGAUAUGUAGAUCAGUCAGACACCUUUUUGUAUAUGUGCGAAUGUGUCUGUAGAAUCUCUCCAUCUCUAUCCGCCCACCCCUUGCAGUGUGCUGGGCCACUUUGAGAAGCCUCUGUUCCUGGAGCUGUGUAAACACAUGGUGUUCCUGCAGUUCCAACAGGGAGAGUACGUGUUCAGACCGGGCCAGCCUGACAGCAGUAUCUACGUGGUGCAGGACGGAAAACUAGAACUGUGCCUUACUGGAAUGGUGAGAGAGGGAGUGUGUGUGUGUGUGUGGGCAGGGGGAGGAGUUUAUGUGUGUGUGUGUGUAUCUGUGUACCUGUGUGUGUUUCUCAUUUACACAAAUGGGCAGACAUAAUUGAAUCUUUUUUGGGGGGCCUUCGGUGCAAAUGAGCCUCCAUCCAUGCUAACGAGUAAACAGGACCUCAUAAGGGGCUUACAGUCCUCUAACAAUUAACUCUCAAGUAGGUAAUUAAAUAAUGAUUAACACCUAUUUGUGUUUGACUCCGAUUAUCCCAAUAUGGAGGAAAAGGCAAAGAUGGAAGUUAAACUACAGUAGAAUCUGACAAAGUAAACAAUUUUGAAAGUUAUGGCCACAAUGAACUUGCAUUUGGGCAAAGAUUGGAAUGACUUAUCUUGAAAACAUUCUGUUCAUGUUAACUGUCAAUUGUACUGUUUGCCUGUGUUUUUCUGUGCUUUUUUUAACACAGAAAUGUAUCGCCUUUGUCUGUGUUGUUCAUUUGUGAUGACAUACUCUGUUUUUUAGGACGGCAAGGACGGUGUGGUGAAGGAGGUGUACCCCGGAGACAGUGUCCACAGCCUUCUCAGCAUCCUGGACGUCAUCACUGUAAGACACGCCCACUUCCUGUCCAGCAAUCCACACUCCCUAAAUCACCAUGAACGUGUCGUUUCUUGUUUGAGUCAUCCCUUUGUCUGUCCCUUUCACGUUUCAGUCAGAACUUUGAACUUACAGUUCCUAUUAGAAUGUAUAACAUUAGAAUUGUCAACAGGGAGAAUGAAUGGUGCUAGUCAAGGAACAAGUCAGGGCAUUCUAGCGUUAAAUCAUAGCCUCCAAAGUUGAGGCUUAUUUGAAUCAUAUCAGUGUCAUGAGGAUUUCGCAAUUUAAUGUUAUAUCAUGAAGCACUAUGAUAUGACAAGUGUGGCUUAAGUGCCCUUUUUGACUUUUGGUGGGACAUUUUUUCAAAUAAGUAUCCAAUGAACUAUUAAACACAUACUCUUUAGCAUCAAGAGAAUUUGGUAGCUAGCAUGUAACUCCUAAGACACAUUUCAGUUGAAUGCAUUCAGUUGUACAACUGACUAGGUAUCCCCUUUUCCCUAUAUUUAGUCUUGGGAAAACUCACUGACACAAACUUCCAUGACCCCAUGCUUUACGGCUGAGUGGAAAAUGUCUCUAAAGCAAUGGUUUCUGCUGGUGGGUUCUGCUAGUUCCCUCUUCCUAUAAUUUUCAGGGUGUAAAACUUUUAGUCACAUUAACAAAUUCCUCUAUCAGUUCUGCUAGUUCCCUCUUCUUGGCUUGUGACUAUAAACAUUUUUUGAGUAGUUCAGUUUUUUAUUAGUGCGUGGGUCGCAGGGACAUUUAAAAAAAGGCUUCACCCAAGUCUGUGCAGCAAAAAUGUUGUGAACAACUGCUUUCAUUUUUCACUGACUGAUAUAGGGAACUGAUGAAAGAGCCUUGUCAUUGUGUUUGUUUCAGUGACACCUAGCUAGCACGUGACUCCUAAACUCAGCAAAAAAAAGAAACGUCCUCUCACUGUCAACUACGUUUAUUUUCAGCAAACUUAACGUGUCAAUAUUUGUAUGAACAUAACAAGAUUCAACAACUGAGACAUAAACUGAACAAGUUCCACAGACUGUGACUAACAGAAAUUGAAUAAUGUGUCCCUGAACAAAAGAAACAGUCAGUAUCUGGUGUGGCCACCAGCUGCAUUAAGUACUGCAGUGCAUCUCCUCCUCAUGGACUGCACCAGAUUUGCCAGUUCUUGCUGUGAGAUGUUACCCCAUUCUUCCACCAAGGCACCUGCAAGUUCCCAGACAUUUCUGGGGGGAAUGGCCCUAGCCCUCACCCUCCGAUCCAACAGGUCCCAGACGUGCUCAAUAGGAUUGAGAUCCGGGCUCUUCGCUGGCCAUGGCAGAACACUGACAUUCCUGUCUUGCAGGAAAUCACACACAGAACGAGCAGUAUGGCUGGUCGCAUUGUCAUGCUGGAGGGUCAUGUCAGGAUGAGCCUGCGGGAAGGGUACCACAUGAGGGAGGACAAUGUCUUCCCUGUAACGCACAGCGUUGAGAUUGCCUGCAAUGACAACAAGCUCAAUCCGAUGAUGCUGUGACACACCGCCCAGACCAUGACGGACCCUCCACCUCCAAAUCCAUCUCGCUCCAGAGUACAGGCCUCGGUGUAAUGAUCAUUUUUUAUUUAUUUUAUUUUACCUUUAUUUAACUAGGCAAGUCAGUUAAGAACAAAUUCUUAUUUACAAUGACGGCCUACACCGGCCAAACCCGGACGAUGCUGGUCCAAUUGUGCGCUGCCCUAUGGGACUCCCAAUCACAGCCGGUUGUGAUACAGCCUGGAAUUGAACCAGGGGGUCUGUGGUGACGCCUCAAACACUGAGAUGCAGUGCCUUAGACCGCUGCGCCAUUUGGGAGCAUUCCUUCGACGAUAAACGCAAAUCUGACCAUCACCCCUGGUGAGACACAACCGCGACUCGUCAGUGAAGAGCACUUUUUGCCAGUCCUGUCUGGUCCAGCAACAGUGGGUUUGAGCCUAUAGGCGACGUUGUUGCCGGUGAUGUCUGGUGAGCACCUGCCUUACAACAGGCCUACAAGCCCUCAGUCCAGCCUCUCUCAGCCUAUUGCGGACAGUCUGAGCACUGAUGGAGGGAUUGUGUGUUCCUGGUGUAACUCGGGCAGUUGUUGUUGCCAUCCUGUACCUGUCCCGCAGGUGUGAUGUUCGGAUGUACCGAUCCUGUGCAGGUGUUGUUACACGUGGUCUGCCACUGCGAGGACAAUCAGCUGUCCGUCCUGUCUCCCUGUAGUGCUGUCUUAGGCGCCUCACAGUAUGGACAUUGCAAUUUAUUGCCCUGGCCAAAUCUGCAGUCCUCAUGCCUCCUUGCAGCAUGCCUAAGGCACGUUCACGCAGAUGAGCAGGGACCCUGGGCAUCUUUCUUUUGGUGUUUUUCAGUCAGUAGAAAGGCCUCUUUAGUGUCCUAAGUUUUCAUAACUGUGACCUUAAUUGCCUACCGUCUGUAAGCUGUUAGUGUCUUAACGACCGUUCCACAUGUGCAUGUUCAUUAAUUGUUUAUGGUUCAUUGAACAAGCAUGGGCAACCCUUUUACAAUGAAGAUCUGUGAAGUUACUUGGAUUUUUAAGAAUGAUCUUUGAAGGACAGGGUCCUGAAAAAGGGGACGUUUAUUUUUUGCUGAGUUUAUAUUUAGACUUUAGAAAACCACUCCAACCCAAACUUCCCCUCCCUUUACUGCUGAAAAUAGGAAGUUGUAAAAUGUCUGUAAAGUCACUAAUAUUGAUUUACAGUAUGUUCUAAGAGCCUGUGUGUUUGUGUGAACCUUAUCACUGUGUGUGUGUUUCAGGGACACCAGAAGCCGUACAGGACGGUGUCGGCGCGGGCGGCUGAGGUGUCCACCGUACUGCGUCUACCUGUCGAGGCUUUCCUCUCCAUCUUUGAGAAGUACCCUGAGACCCUGGUGCGGGUUGUCCAGGUAAGCUGUAGCGCGUGUGUUUGUCACUAGGUGUGGGCGUGUGUUUUCUCUUAAUGAUCACGGGACCUUUUCCUCCCGCUUUCUUGUCAUGCAGAUCAUCAUGGUUCGUCUCCAAAGAGUAACAGUUCUGGCGCUGCACAACUACCUAGGGCUCACCAACGAGCUCUUUAGCCAUGUGAGUCAACCGCCCCACACACACACAGCGCCACGAUUCAUAAUACCACCCAGAUCCUCAAACUUACACACACCCACAUUCCACUUGUUACUUCAUCCACCAGGAAUGCUACUUCAUUAGCUGAAGCUACAUCAGACAUGCUGUUUUCGUUACGAUUGAGUCAUUCAAAGCUAACGCUACUGCUAGAACAUUGACCAUAAUGUUCUUAAUGCUAACUUCACUUUUCAAUGCUGACCUGGUAAUGAUAACAAUGCUAAUUCAAUGCUAGCCUGCCUUCAUUGACCCUAACCUCUUCUCUCUCUCUCCCCAUGCCCCUGUCCUCCCCUCCCUAUAGGAGAUGCAGCUCCUGCGCCUGCUGCCCCUGUCCCCCCACCCCGUGCCCCGCACCAGCCCCCAGCGCCACGGCAAGCGUUUCGGUAGCCUGACCGUGCCCAUGGAGGACCGCGAGGCCGCCGUGAAGGACGGACCAGAUCCUGGGAAGGAUGGAGCCACAGUCCCACCAACCCUCAGCAGGACCAUCUCCAUGCCUGUAGACAUCGCUGGUGAGAACCUCUUUCUGUCGGUCUCUCCAUCCCUCUCUCUGUCCUCUUCCAUUCUAUUCUCCCUGUCCGUAUGGUAACAUCUGCAUUCCUAGUAUGUAACUUAGCGCUGUUGCUUCAGUCCAGUUUUUACUGCAUAUUAGUGACCUAACUUGACUCUUGAAAUUUGACAUCAGUGCCUUUUAUGUUCCUAGUAUGUAACUUGGCGCUGUUGCUUCUGACUGUUGACUAGUGACAUUUACACAUUUGUGUUAACACAGGCAUGCAGAAGAAUCUGCGGUCGGAUUUCGACAUGGCCUACGAGAGGGGACGGAUCUCAGUCUCCGCUGAGGACGGCAACACACCACCCACCUACACACGGGUCAGUAUACACACACACACACACACACACACACACACACAAGGUUGGAUAUUAGUGACAUCUCAUCUACAUUUGAAAUAAAAUCACAAACACACAUUUUGAGUAAUUCGACAGUUUUAUUCUAAUCACUAACAGUCAUCCUAGUGCACUAAAAUACACAUUUGCACUUCAAAGUAGACCAGUAACUCAUCUUAGUACACCACAUAUCUGCACUUCAAAGUACACCAGGUACAGGGUACAGUAAUUGACAUUAAUGUCCCUCCAUGUUUUCUGUUCCUAUCUCAGGACCAGCGAGAGAGGAGGGUGACCGUAGACGAAGUGCCGUCGGGGGUGUACCUGUACCCCGAGGAGGAGGUGGGUCUGGACAACCAGUUCUCACCAGGACCAGGACCCGUCCCCGGUCGCCCCAGCGCUGCCCUGUUCGAGGAGGCCCUAAAGGAGCUCCUCAAACUCAUGAGGAUAGAGGUUAGUACUAACUACUACUUUAGUAACCUUAGCAACCAUCUACUAUGUACUAUAUGCAACCAUGACUCUAGUAACAAUGUAAUAAUUUACCUGAUUAUUGUGUUAAACUGUCACCAAGUUACUUUGUCCUUUGGGUUAAUGUACCAUGUCUAGACGAGACAUUUUGAAACGCAAAACCCAAAAGGGUUCUUAUUGGACAAGUUCAAGUAGUACCUCCCCAUUUCAAAACAUGUCUCCUUACUGGACACCACCCAGCACUUUCUCCUUCUUUAUCUCAAAUGAUUACAGUUCCAUUUCACAAUCUACUGUUAUGGUUGGCACCGAGCAUCUGAAAUGGACAAUAUCGAAGUUCUGUCUCCUUCCGUAUAUUUGAUUCCGCUCCCUCCUAACCCUCUUGAUUUGCAGCCCAGGAGAGCAGACAGUAGAAAGGGAACCCAGACAUUGUUUCACCACCAAGAGCGUUUCAUCAUUCCCUCCCUCUAUCACUGUCUCACUCUUUCUUUCUCUCUGUUCUUUUCCCUUCUUCUUCCAGGACCCUGCUCUGCUGAAUGGGAGAGUGACUCUGCACCAUGCCAAGGCAGGAACUGUGCUGGCUAGACAAGGAGACCAGGUACUUUACUGAGGCUUGGAGAGAUGGAAGAUGUCUUCCCUCCGUCCUCUCCUCUGUUUAAUGCAGGUUGACGUUUAUUGUAUUGAAUCUUGCCACUGAGCGAUUUCCGCUAGAUGGGCCAGCCGCAAAGUCAAAUAUCGUCGUGACAAUACAUGCCAACCUUACUGUUUAAUCACCAAUGUUAUGAGGAAGUCUCCAAAACAUUAUAGGAAUCUGCGAUAUCAAAACCCUACCAUCCCUUAAUUAUUUCCUUGACAUCUUUCCCCCUCUCUUUCCCAUACACUUUGUUCUCCCCUCCCCAGUUCCUUCCCCCCUCCUCUCCUCUCUUCAACCCCUCUAAACCCAUCAAAACAAUACUCUCCCAAACAUGAGACAUGAAAUCUGAACUUUCUUCUCCUCUCAGGAUGUGAGUCUCCACUUCGUCCUGUCCGGCUGUCUCCAUGUGUACCAGCGGAUGAUAGACAAGCAGGAUGCGGUGUGUCUGUUUGUCACCCAGCCGGGUGAGAUGGUGGGCCAGCUGGCCGUGCUGACUGGAGAACCCCUCAUCUUCACCAUCAAGGCCAACAGAGACUGCACCUUCCUCAAGAUCUCCAAGUCGGACUUCUACGAGUGGGUGUCUAGUAAAGACGAGACUAGAGAUAGAUUAAAGCAGGGUUAGGCAACCCUGGUCCUGGAGUGCCUCAGGCACUUCCUGUUUUUGAUUUAACCGACCUGGAAGACCAGCUGUGUUGAAUUUAGGCAAUCACUGAACUGAUCAAUUAGCUCUGUUGGUCAGGUAUGGUUCCUAGUUGGAACAAAAUCCUGCAGCACUCCAGGAACAGGGUUGCCUACCCCUGGACUAAAGCCUUCUGUGUGAAAGGGGUAUAGUUCAGUCUGGGCAUUAAGCUGGGACAUUAGUUUAAGCCUAACUUGGGUUUAGAAUUAGAGGUAUGCGGUUUGUUGAAUGAAAUAUACCAGUAGUCACUGACUGUUGAAUAUAAAACCAUCUGUUACAAGUAGGUUGACUUCAGUUCCAAACAUGCAUUUCUCAUUCUGUGUCACAACUGUCUCACUUGAUAAGAUGCUGGUUAUUACUAUCUCUCUGGUAAUGGUAGAAAGGACGGAAGUGGCUAACACUUCCCCUAACCCUAGCAUUAUUGAUCAGUUCCGGUGAUAUAAGCGUAGUGACUGCCUCCCCUAAGAUACUGUCUGUGUGUUUUUCCUGAUCUUGUGUGUUCUGUGCUGCCCCCUGUCUUUAGGAUCAUGAGAGAACAGCCCAGUGUGGUUCUGAGUGCAGCCCACACCGUAGCCAUCCGCAUGUCCCCCUUCGUAGACAGAUGGACUUCGCCAUAGACUGGAUGGCUGUGGAGGCCGGCAGAGCCCUCUAUAGGUAUCUGGACAAAUCUUUUCUUAUGGCAGUAUUUUAAUUUGGCCAGUAAAUCUGUAUUAGUGAGUUUGUUCUUAUUACAAGCAGGCCAACUUUUUCUGACUGACAGUAUCACCUACAGUGGGGAGAACAAGUAUUUGAUACACUGCCGAUUUUGCAGGUUUUCCUACUUACAAAGCAUGUAGAGGUCUGUAGUUUUUAUCAUAGGUACACUUCAACUGUGAGAGACGGAAUCUAAAACGAAAAUCACAUUGUAUGAUUUUUAAGUAAUUAAUUUGCAUUUUAUUGCAUGACAUAAGUAUUUGAUACAUCAGAAAAGCAGAACUUAAUAUUUGGUACAGAAACCUUUGUUUGCAAUUAGAGAUCAUACGUUUCCUGUAGGUCUUGCCCAGGUUUGCACACUGCAGCAGGGAUUUUGGCCCACUCCUCCAUACAGACCUUCUCCAGAUCCUUCAGGUUUCGGGGCUGUCGCUGGGCAAUACGGACUUUCAGCUCCCUCCAAAGAUUUUCUAUUGGGUUCAGGUCUGGAGACUUCUAUUGGGUUUCGGGUCGUUGUCAUGCUGGAAGACCCAGCCACGACCCAUCUUCAAUGCUCUUACUGAGGGAAGGAGGUUGUUGGCCAAGAUCUCGCGAUACAUGGCCCCAUCCAUCCUUCCCUCAAUACGGUGCAGUCGUCCUGUCCCCUUUGCAGAAAAGCAUCCCCAAAGAAUGAUGUUUCCACCUCCAUGCUUCACGGUUGGGAUGGUGUUCUUGGUUGUACUCAUCCUUCUUCUUCCUCCAAACACGGCGAGUGGAGUUUAGACCAAAAAGCUAUAUUUUUGUCUCAUCAGACCACAUGACCUUCUCCCAUUCCUCCUCUGGAUCAUCCAGAUGGACAUUGGCAAACUUCAGACGGGCCUGGACAUGCGCUGCCUUGAGCAGGGGGACCUUGCGUGCGCUGCAGGAUUUUAAUCCAUGAUGGCGUAGUGUGUUACUAAUGGUUUUCUUUGAGACUGUGGUCCCAGCUCUCUUCAGGUCAUUGACCAGGUCCUGCCGUGUAGUUCUGGGCUGAUCCCUCACCUUCCUCAUGAUCAUUGAUGCCCCACGAGGUGAGAUCUUGCAUGGAGCCCCAGACCGAGGGUGAUUGACCGUCAUCUUGAACUUCUUCCAUUUUCUAAUAAUUGCGCCAACAGUUGUUGCCUUUUCACCAAGCUGCUUGCCUAUUGUCCUGUAGCCCAUCCCAGCCUUGUGCAGGUCUACAAUUUUAACCCUGAUGUCCUUACACAGCGCUCUGGUAUUGGCCAUUGUGGAGAGGUUGGAGUCUGUUUGAUUGAGUGUGUGGACAUGUGUCUUUUAUACAGGUAACGAGUUCAAACAGGUGCAGUUAAUACAGGUAAUGAGUGGAGAAAAGGAGGGCUUCUUAAAGAAAAACGAACAGGUCUGUGAGAGUCGGAAUUCUUACUGGUUGGUAGGUGAUCAAAUACUUAUGUCAUGCAAUAAAAUGCAAAUUAAUUACUUAAAAAUCAUACAAUGUGAUUUUCUGGAUUUUUGUUUUAGAUUCCGUCUCUCACAGUUGAAGUGUACCUAUGAUAAAAAAUUACAGACCUCUACAUGCUUUGUAAGUAGGAAAACCUGCAAAAUCGACAGUGUAUCAAAUACUUGUUCUCCCCACUGUAUCUCAAGGUAUUUUUCUUUGACACGUUUCAAACUCUUAGCUUGAUGAAGUUCCGCUUCCCUAGCCUUGCACAGACACGCUCAAAUGUACACUGUCCUGAAACCAAACCACUUUUUUUGAGAUCAGAUGAAAUCUGAACUCGCUGUUCUCCACCCCCUCUCCUCUCCUCCUAUCAUCAGGCAGGACGACCAGUCGGACUGCACCUACAUAGUUCUGAACGGGCGUCUACGUUCUGUUAUUCGUAAAGCUAACGGGAAGAAGGUGCUGGUAGGAGAGUACGGUCGAGGAGACCUCAUAGGAGUGGUGAGACAUUGGCCUAUUUCUACAGCUCUCAUCUUCCUUGUCUUUUAUGUAAAGGCAGAAUAUGUUGUUACAAUAUUAGUUUAUAAAGCUAAUAUUCAGAAUAAAGUAUACCUCCUAAUGUAUUUAUAUUAGACUUAUGUGUGUGUAAAGUACAUAUUUGGGUUGUAUUAGAUCAUUGGGGACACUAUACCUUUUUUAAAUCCAUGAUUUUUCAGCCCUUACUAUCUCCUGUUUUUCCCAGGUUGAGGCUCUGACCCGACAGCCCAGAGCCACCACGGUCCACGCAGUCAGAGACACAGAGCUGGUCAAGCUACCAGAGGGAACGCUCAACAACAUCAAGAGGAGGUACCCUCAGGUGGUCACCCGGUUGAUCCACCUGCUGGGACAGAAGAUCCUGGGGAACCUGCAACAGGCUCACGGACCAUUCUCAGGUGAGUGUGUGAGACACAUACACUCUCACACUCUCUCUCUCUCUCUCCUUUCUAACCCCCUACCAUCCUCUACCAGGUUCUGCCCUUGGCCUGUCCAGCGUAGCGUCCAGCCCUGACGUCACCAACCCGGCCAGUAACCUGUCCACUGUGGCCGUACUGCCCAUCUGUGACGAGGUGCCAAUCAACGCCUUCAACCUGGAGCUUAGCCACGCCCUCAGUGCCAUAGGUAAACACCCCUAGAGACUAGCAUAGCAACUGUCAAUCAAACCUGACUAUGACUUGAACAUCCUGUUUCAUAUUAGCCAACAGUGAAUACAUCUGCAUAAUGUGACUAGAUUCUGUGGACAAUAACGUUAUUCUGUUCUUUACUAUAUUGUUACAUUGAGUGACCAUGAUAUCCAAUUUUAUAUACAUCAGUUGUUCUCUCUGAAAUCUUAAACAUAUUCCAAUUUGUCCUUGACGUGUAGGACCUACCCUGCUGCUGACCAGUGACAUCAUCAGAGAGCGACUGGGGGCCUCCGCUCUGGAUAGGUCAGUUUGAUGGCAUCAGCCCAAAACUCUUAUCUUACCUCCUGAAACUCCUUGAAUUGUCCAUCUCUCCUGUAUUCCCUCUCUUUUAUACCCAUGUGUCUCCAUAUAGACUUUCUCAACCCCAUUUCUCCCUUUUCUAUCCUCUCUUCUUCCUCUCUCUCCCUCUCUCCCUCCCUCUCUCCAUAUCAGUUGGUUGUUCUUAACUCUCCCUCUCCCCUCUAACAGUAUCCAUGAGUACCGUCUGUCUGGCUGGCUGGCCCAGCAGGAGGACAUCAACAGGAUAGUCCUGUACCAGACAGACAGCAGCAUGACUCCCUGGACCCAGCGCUGCAUCAGACAGGCUGACUGCAUCCUCAUCGUGGGCCUGGGGGACCAGGAACCUGCACUGGGACAGGUAGCAGUAACGGGGGAAGGGGUGAAGAGCUGGACGUUGGUUUGGGUGGGGCUCAAUUGGAGGAUGCGUUGCUAGUGUUUGGAGGAUUGGUUGACCUAUGAAGCUACUCCACUUACAAGCUGCCUAGUUGUUACAUUUAUUUGUUCAAUUUCAAACAUUCAUUGUGAAAUUGUACACUGAAACCUCAUAUUUAGAGAUUAUUUUUAAAAAGCAGUCUAGUUCUGACUUCAUCUUAUCCUCAGCACUGUAUCUAACCAUGCCCUCUCUCUCUCUCUCUAGUUAGAGCAGAUGCUGGAGAACACAGCGGUGAGGGCCCUGAAACAGCUGGUGCUGCUCCAUAAAGAGGACGGCUCGGGGCCCUCCAGGACCGUAGAGUGGCUCAACAUGAGGAGCUGGUGCUCCGGACACCUCCACCUCCGCUGCCCCCGCCGGGUCUUCUCACGACGCAGUCCCUCAAAACUGGUACGACUCCCUGGGGAGAUGCCAUGACUUCUUUCUUUCUUUCUUUUUUACUUUCUCUCUUUCUAACUUUAGUUUGUUUGUUUUUUUCUUUCAUUCAUUAGUUUAUUCAUUCAUUCCACACCCACCUUUGCCCACAUCUGAUUGUGUUCCUCCAUUAAAUGGAGGUUGAGGACAGUUGUACAGAGAGCUCUGACGAUGUGAUAAGAGAGGAGGCUUGUCUGUUUGCAAGAAAAGGUUUUAUGUAUACUUUAAUAGCCUGUUGAGCAUGUCCUCUUAAUCCAAUAUAUAUAUUAUUUUUUUAACCUCUUAUCUUGCACCGAGUGAUGGCUCAAAAUGAAGCACUUUGCUGUUCUACGAGUAACAUGAGUUUUGGUUUUCAAGAGUAAUAACAGUGCUUUAGCUACAAAGGCUUUGGGAAACCCAGUCCAGGUCGUUUUGGGGAAAUUAUAAAUUGUCAAAGAAUGUUGGGCUCUUGAUUGACAAGCUUACCAACCAAUUACAGUGCUUCGGUGGAUAGCAACUGUCGCUAACCAGGCCCAAGUCUGAAUGGUUGGACAAGCUCUCGUUUCAAGCGCAUGGAAGCCUAUAAAUUGCUCUGAUUAUCAUCUGAAUUUGACGUGUGUGUGUGUGUGCGCACGUGCAGAGGGAGGUGUAUGAGAAGGUGUUUGAGAAGACAGCGGACAGACACAGUGAUUUCUCUCGACUGGCCCGGGUCCUGACUGGGAACAGCAUCGCUCUGGUGCUGGGAGGAGGGGGAGCCAGGUCAGUGGACUUAGUUUUUAUAGGAACACCUCUAUUUUGUACCAGACUCUAUUUUGUACCAGACUCUAUUUUGUACCAGACUCUAUUUUGUAGAUGAUCAAGUAGUACAUUCUUUACUUCACAUUAUCUGCACCAUCAAAUGCAUGUUUUCAAUGACAGUCAUGGGACCAUAGCUCUUUGCAUGAGAAGUCCUGUCUGUUGUUGAUUAUUAUCAAGCUUUCUUGUAACAUUGUCCUUCAGUGUAUCUCUAGUCGUGAAUUAGUCAAGUUAUUUCAGAUAUUUUCCAAUGAAUGAAAGGAGUUGAAGAAAUGCAGGCAAAAUUAGUCUCUUUAGUCCUCAAACAGACAGUGAAUUUCCUCCUCUCUGAUUGGUUGUCGUCUGUCACUCUUGCAGAGGCUGCUCCCACGUGGGACUGAUCAAGGCCAUGGAGGAGGCAGGGAUUCCCAUCGACAUCGUGGGCGGGACGUCCAUCGGGUCGUUCAUCGGGGCGCUGUACGCCGAGGAGAGGAGUGCGGUGCGCACCAAGCAGAGAGCCCGCGAGUGGUCCAAGGUCUGAUCCUCCUACCGCUAUACCAUCAUGCACUUCUCUUGUCCAUAUAUCUGACCAUUUGACACAUUCCUUUGACAGGUGACAUAUUAGAGGGGAUCAGUUUGAGCAUUGCGAGGUACAAAAUCACAAAUCUUGAUCACAUAAUGAGUGGUCAUUUGGGAUGCAAGGUGAUUUGUGGAUCAGUGAUUCUGUGCAAUGUCGAUCUCAGACACGCUCAAUAUGAACCUUUUGUCUCACUCUAUCUCCUUCCUUUCCUCCCUCCCUACAGGCCAUGAACUCCGUAUUCAAAACCAUCCUUGACCUGACCUAUCCCAUCACCUCAAUGUUCACUGGAGCCGCCUUCAACACCAGCAUCUCCAAAGUGUUCCAGGACAAGCAGGCUGAGGUGAGAGGUCACUGUCUGUCAGUGCUACUAGAGAUGUUUGUCUGUGAACGAAACUGGGCCACGUUCAGUAGGCAAACCUUGUGAAAAGUUGCAGAAUAGCGCUGACGUGAUUCCUACUUUUGGAGAGGCAUAUUUGUUCUACAUAUAUUCUCCUGAACGUUCCUUAUUCCGAUUUUAAUAUCUAAUGUAUGUUCUAUCCAACCAUCAGGACCUUUGGUUGCCCUACUUCAACGUGACUACUGACAUCACGGCGUCCGCCAUGCGUGUGCACCAAGACGGUGAGUGACAGGCAGCUAACCGCUGUCCCCUCCCCCUCUCUGCUCUAUCGCUGUUUAUAAAUGAACGACUCGAUUUUGAAGUUAUUCUUGACCGCAGUAUAGAGUAAUUGUCAAUCUUCAGGACUUGAGUAAAAUUUGAUAGCGACUGAUUGAGUUAGAUUGUUUGUAUAUUUCUUGAUAUAUCUCAUGUACACUUUUAAUCAGUUCACACUGUAUUAGAAGUAUGCAUUGCAAAGAAUCAGCUGGUCAGGACUUUGAGAGUAUUGGUUAGAUUCAGCAUGUCUUUCAGCUUUAUAAUAUGAAUAGGGGGUCAUACAAUUGGUAUACUGGAGUAAAAUCAUAUUUUAUCUGUUUUAAUAUGUUCAUCCAUUGACUCAUUGACUGACACUUAAUAUAUGGAUUGUUUUAGUAUGUGAUGACUGACUGAGAAAUGCACUACCACUAACUGUAGCUAGAAUAGUCCUAGAGGCUGGGAGUACGACCCCUGCUGACCUUUUGGGGUCAAAGGCCACAACCUUUUGGCUUGUGGAAGGAAAGCCUACCCCCAAAUCCAGUGUUAGUACAUGUUGCAAUGCAUUCAUUAUCACCGGUAAUGUCCACUAGUUUCUAAGAGCAAGGCAUUUAAGAAAGUAAUUAUUAUCAUUUAUGGCCACAUAGCAAUGCAAAUCCUCCUUGACUGUUUGGGGUACAAGGUUGGGGCACCCCAUUGGCAUGUUUUAGCGAGAGCAAAAUUUUCCCCUUCUUCCCCUUUCCAUUUACCCACAUUCCUCCUCCUUGCUCACUUUUUUUGAAAAAACCCCAAAACCCCUCAUUCUUUUCCCUUUUUUUUUUUUUUCCAAAAAACAUUUUCCUCCUUUUCCCCUUUUUUUUUUAAAAAUUUUUAAAAAAAAAACAAACCCCCGGGAAAGGGUUCCCCCAAAGUUUUUUGCUUGGGAUACCCAAAAGAGGUUGGGAGAAUUCAUUUUCGAUGAAACCAAAAUAUAACUUUUGGAAAAAAACCAACUCGUCAUGUUUGGGGACAAAGAAUGCGAGUUGCAUCCAAAGAACACCCCAUACCUCGGGAAAGCAGGGGGUUUGGAACAUCAUGCUUUGGGCUUUUUUUUGCAAAGGGACCGGGAAUGACCUGUAAAGGAAAAAUGAAGGGGGGCCAUGUAUCGUGAAUUUUGAAAAAAACCCUCCUUUCCAUCAGCAAGGGCAUUAAAGAUGAAACGUGGCGGGUCUUUCAGCAUGACAAUGAUCCCAAACACACCGCCCGGGCAACGAAGGAGUGGCUUCGUAAGAAGCAUUUCAAGGUCCUGGAGUGGCCUAGCCAGUCUCCAGAUCUCAACCCCAUAGAAAAUAUUGGAGGGAGUUGAAAGUCUGUGUUGCCCAGCGACCAGCCCCAAAACAUCACUGCUCUAGAGGAGAUCUGCAUGGAGGAAUGGGCCAAAAUACCAGCAACAGUGUGUGAAAACCUUGUGAAGACGUACAGAAAACGUUUGACCUGUGUCAUUGCCAACAAAGGGUAUAUAACAAAGUAUUGAGAAACUUUUGUUAUUGACCAAAUACUUAUUUUCCACCAUCAUAUGCCAAUAAAUUCAUUAAAAAUCCUACAAUGUGAUUUUCUGGAUUUAUUUUUCUAAUUUUGUCUGUCAUAGUUGACGUGUACCUAUGAUGAAAAUUACAGGCCUCUCUCAUCUUUUUAAGUGGGAGAACUUGCACAAUUGGUGGCUGACUAAAUACUUUUUUUCCCCACUGUAGCGUAUUAGAGGGGAUCAGUUUGAGCAUUGCGAGGUACAAAAUCACUAAUCUUGAUCACAUAAUGAGUGGUCAUUUGGGAUGCAAGGUGAUUUGUGGAUCAGUGAUUCUGUGCGGUCUGACUGCAAUGUCGAUCUCAGACACGCUCAAUAUGAACCUUUUUGUCUCUCUACCUCCUUCCUUUCCUCCCUCCCUACAGGCCAUGAACUCCGUAUUCAAAACCAUCCUUGACCUGACCUAUCCCAUCACCUCAAUGUUCACUGGAGCCGCCUUCAACACCAGCAUCUCCAAAGUGUUCCAGGACAAGCAGGCUGAGGUGAGAGGUCACUGUCUGUCAGUGCUACUAGAGAUGUUUGUCUGUGAAUGAAACUGGGCCACGUUCAGUAGGCAAACCUUGUGAAAAGUUGCAGAAUAGAGCUGACGUGAUUCCUACUCCACAUUUUGGAGAGGCAUAUUUGUUCUACAUAUAUUCUUCUGAACGUUCCUUAUUCCGAUGUAAUAUCUAAUGUAUGUUCUAUCCAACCAUCAGGACCUUUGGUUGCCCUACUUCAACGUGACUACUGACAUCACGGCGUCCGCCAUGCGUGUGCACCAAGACGGUGAGUGACAGGCAGCUAACCGCUGUCCCCUCCCACUCUCUGCUCUAUCGCUGUUUAUAAAUGAACGACUAGAUUUUGAAGUUAUCUUGACCGCAGUAUAGAAGUAAUUGUCCAAGUUCUUCAGGACUUUGAGUAGAAAUUUGAUAGCUGUUAGGAUAGGUCUCAAGCAGUCAGACAAACACACACACACACGUGAGUUAGAUAUGUAGUUGUAUAGUUUCUUUAGAUAUAUUCUCCAUAUGUAACACUAUUUAAUUCAGUCCACUCACACUGGUAUGGCCCAAUAUGACUUAGAACUAAUAUGUGGGAUUGGCAUGAUUGUUAAUUCCUAAAGUAAAUCAGCGAUGGAUGAUGACAGCUAAUUUAGAUUAGAACACCCUGGUUUUACUGAAACAGAGUGUGGGUUAUGAGAUUAAAAUCCUAGCCCUUAAUUUAGAUAAAUUGGUUAGAUUCAGCAUGUCUUUCAGCUUUAUAAUAUGAAUAGGGGGUCAUACAAUUGGUAUACUGGAGUAAAAUCAUAUUUUAUCUGUUUGUUUAAUAUGUUCAUCCAUUAACUCAUUGACUGACACUUAAUAUAUGGAUUGUUUAUGUAUGUGAUGACUGACUGAGAAAUGCACUACCACUAACUGUAGCUAGAAUAGUCCUAUAGGCUGGGAGUACGACCCCUGCUGACCUCUUGGGGUCAAAGGCCACAACCUUUUGGCUUGUGGAAGGAAGCCUACCCCCAAAUCCAGUGUUAGUACAUGUUGCAUGCAUUCAUUAUCACCGGUAAUGUCCACUAGUUUCUAAGAGCAAAGGCAUUUAUGUACUGAUUUUAGGCCACAUAGGCAAAUGUAGCAAAUGAGUCCUCCUUGAUCCUGGAUUUGGGGUGUCACAAGGUUGUGGGGUCCCCCAGUUAUAUAUUGGAUGCUCGUCUGCACUUGGCAUGUUUACUAAUAGCGAGAGCAAAGCUUUACGAUGCUAUCUUCCUCUGUCUCUAUUUACCUAUCAGCUUCCUCCUCCCUAGUGUGACAUCACUUCCUGUUGACACAGCCUAGUGCACUCAUCUCUGUUGCUCUCCAUCUCUUUCCCGUUUUUUCUUUCUAUCGCAAACAUAACAGGUUAUUCCUCCUACCUUUCUCACAUGUGUUUAAUGUCUAAAACAUGUCUUAAAACAACACCAAACAAACCAUGCCACAAUGACUUCCCUAAUGUUCAUUUGCUAAUAUGGGGACACUUUUACCAUCUGCUGGAUAGGCCAUACUAUUAGCCUGGUCCCAGAUCUGUUGGUGGGUAGACGGCACAAACAGAUCUGGGACCAGGCUAGUGUAAUAUAGGCGUAGUGUAGUGUGCUAGUCGCUGAUCCUUCCACCCCUGUCCGCGUCAACAAGUAGGAUCCAGAACACUUUUUCCCUUGCUUUACCCCUCUGCACCCUAACGCCACUCCCUCCAUCCCUCCCUCCCUCGCUUCCCGUAGUUUCCCCCAAUGUGCUUUUCUUUCAUACGGCUCUAAAUUUCCAUUACUGGAGUCAUACACACAGGAAUAGAGUGAAGUUGCCCCUAGACGCUGAUCUUGGGUCAGUUAUGUAUUUCCCCCAAUAAAGUUUAGUUUAGUUUAGUAUGGAAGCUGAUCCUAGAUCUGUACAUAGAGGAAACUUCACCCGUAGCCUACACCAGACAUGGUCAGAGAGCAAUGUCUGCUGCUCCGAGUGAGUGGGCAGUUUUAACACCAACCUCAGGGUUUUUCAAUAGAGGAAGUUCCACUGUUGGCGCAUUGGUAACGCAAGGACUUUACGAGUUCGUGGUGGCACUAUUUGGUUUAUGCAACACCCCAUGUUUCCACAAGCCAAUGAAUGGUACAGUCUCUCUGACGUUGUGUAAAUUGAGCAUCAUUUAGUCUUUAUUUUUUAUGUUACACUAGUCGCUAGACCUGUAGCUUAAUUUCAAGAUGGCGGCUUUUAGAGUAUGGUCAUAGCCAUCAAGUUUAUAGAUCCUGCGUCGUGUGUGUGUGCUAACUCUACCUGGCUUGUAGAUGGAUCUUUCUCGAUCUUCUUUUGUGAUCUUUUUCUAACUCUUACUUAUCUCUUUCACUGGUCUCCACUAUCUAUCAUUCUCUCUCUCGAUCCCUUUCUCAGAGAACGUCGGUGCAUUUUGUAGUAAUCUUCUUGUUUGUUGUCGGCUGCUAUCUAUCUAACCAAGCUGAUAAUAAUUCUUACACACUAAGCAAAACACCAAACAGGACGACUGUGGCUGAUAAGUGGCUGUUGAUAGCCUGGGAAAGAGUAGAAAUACGCUGAGUGUACAAAACAUUAGGAACACCUUCCUAAUAUUGAGUUGCACCCCCUUUUGCCCUCAGAACAGCCUCAAUUCAUCGGGUCAUGGACUCUACAAGGUGUUGAAAGUGUUCUACAGGGAUGCUGGCCCAUGUUGACUCCAAUGCUUCCCACAGUUGUGUCAAGUUGGCUGGAUGUCCUUUGGGUGGUGGACCAUUCUUGAUACACACAGGAAACUGUUGAGCGUGAAAAACCCAGCAGCGUUCCCGUUCUUGACGCAAACCGUUGCGCCUGGCACCUACUACCAUUCCACGUUCAAAGGCACUUACAUUUUUUGUCUUGCCCAUUCACCCUCUGAAUGGCACACAUACACAAUCCAUGUCUCAAUUGUCUCAAGGCUUAAAAUCCUUCUUUAACCUGUCUCCUCCCGUUUAUCUACACUGAUUUUGAAGUGGAUUUAACAAGUGACAUCAAUAAGGGAUCAUAGCUUUCACCUGGUCAGUCUGUCAUGGAAAGAGCAGGUGUUCCUAAUGUUUUGUACACUCAGUGUAUGUAGGUCUCCAUUUUCCAAUGAGGUUUAUAAACUAAUACAUGGUUAUGGUGUUCAUGGUUCCUUUGAGUGGUUUAGGAGAGUAAAUGAACAACACCCUUUAGCUAUAAGAUUGAAAUUCAGUGAAAUAUUAAUGCUGUGACGCUAUUGAGUUUUUUUGUCUAUCUGUAUUUUAGAAAAUUCAAUCAUUAUCUACAGUUCUGUCUGUGCAAUCUGUUUUAGUUCUAGAACUGGCCUCUUAGUUGUUGUUUUUAGUUCCUAGAAACGUUGCUUUAUGUUACCUGACCAUGUUCACUGAAGGUUUUAGAUUGUAUACGUCAGAUACAAUUUCAGGUCGUUUACGUUUUAGAUUGUAUACGUCGAGCUCUGGACAUGUUUUGCCUCUCCCUCUCUCCCUUUUGUCUCCUGCUCUUUUCUCUCCUUCACUCUCUCUAUAUACAGUAUCUUGCCAUCUCUAGCUCUGUCUUGCUCCUAGGGUUACACAAUUCUCAGGUUUUUCAGAAAUCCCGGUUGGAGGAUUCCCAGAAUCAAUUGGGAAUUCUUCAACUGGAAUUUCCCCCAACAAAUACGGGAACUUUAGGAACGUUUGUGACAAUUUGGAACCCUAUUCGCUCCUCUCUCCUUUGUUUCACUCCUUUUCUCUUUUUUCUCUCUCUCUCUCUCUGUCUUUCUCUGGCUCUCUGUCUUUCUCUGGCUCUCUCUCUCUCUCUCUCUCUGGCUCUCUGGCUCUCUCUCUCUGGCUCUCUCUCUGGCUCUCUCUCUCUGGCUCUCUCUCUCUCUGGCUCUCUCUCUGGCUCUCUGGCUCUCUGUGUCUCUCUUUCUGUCUCUCUCUCUCUCUGGCUCUCCCCUCUCUCUCUCUCUCUCUUUUGGCUCUCUUUCUCUCUUUGCCUCUCUCUCUCUGGCCUCUCUCCUCUGGCUCUCUCUCUUCUCUCUCUCUGCCUCUAUCUCUCUCUCUCUCUCUCUCUCUCUCUCUCUCUCUCUCUCUCUCUCUCUCUCUCUCUCUCUCUCUCUCUCUGGCUCUCUCUCUCUCUCUCUCUCUCUGUGUGACGUGGGGCUAUCUGUCCAUGUGUGAUGUCCCCUCUCCAUCUUCCAUUCUGACAGGCUCGCUGUGGCGCUAUGUUAGAGCGAGUGCCUCCUACACCCCCUACUUACCUCCCCUCUGCGACCCCAAGGAUGGCCACCUGCUUGUGGAUGGUUGCUAUGUUAACAAUGUCCCAGGUCAGAAUUCAAAGUUCAAACCCCGACCCGUCUCACCCCUCAAUCCCAAAAGGAGUUGUAGAAGUUGCUCCUGACCACUGAUACAGGGUCAGAUAUUAUUUUCACCCACCUGAUGGUUAAUGUUAGGAUUGGGGUUAUGUCAUCUGAUCCCAGAUCUGCGAUUAGGGGCAACUUCUACCUUAAGCUCCUUGAAACGACCGACAAUCAACCACUCCCUCCCCCUCCCUCCUUCCCACGUUCCGUCUCACCUUAACCCCACCUGACUAGUCGGACAUUGGGAACCCAUGGUUUGGAAGGAAAGUUAGGCUAAUAAUACAGUGUAUAUUUCGGCAUGUGAGUGGAGGGGUUGCAAUGUUCGCUCCCCUACACCCACCACCACCCAUUCUUAACACCAAUACUUCUCUAUUCAAUUUGGCUUCAAUAGUUUACGCUCAUACACACGUCAGUUCCGAAUUGGCUUUGUCCUGCCCCCCAGUGUCAGUAAGCCCCUCCCCCUCGCCUCCGGAUUGGCAGUGAGGCUUUGCUCAUGCAGGUACAUAUCCAUGGGUCAGACAGAGAGGUGCAUGAUGGUCCUGCUUCUGGUGCCCCGCCCCCUCCCUGUUUUUGGUUCUCCAUGCUACUCUACUUCAUCUCCCAAGUUCUACUGCACUUGGCUGGUAUACUACACACCAAGACUACACACUCGCCUGCUUUUUCCUGAGCAUGGCACACAGGCCUUUCCCUAAGGCCUUUCCAUGCAGCUUGCUGCUUGUUGUUUCCCACUUUCUAAAGCUUCAAGCUUGGGUCUCAGUCACUUCUUCGUCAGUGUAGGUCCAUAGGUUAUAUAUUUUGCAUAUCGACCUACAGUGAGGGGAAAAAAGUAUUUGAUCCCCUGCUGAUUUUGUAUGUUUGCCCACUGACAAAGACAUGAUCAGUCCAUAAUUUUAAUGGUAGGUUUAUUUGAACAGUGAGAGACAGAAUAACAACAACAAAAUCCAGAAACGCAUGUCAAAAAUGUUAUCAAUUGAUUUGCAUUUUAAUGAGGGAAAUAAGUAUUUGACCCCUCUGCAAAACAUGACUUAGUACUUGGUGGCAAAACCCUUGUUGGCAAUCACAGAGGUCAGACGUUUCUUGUAGUUGGCCACCAGGUUUGCACACAUCUCAGGAGGGAUUUUGUCCCACUCCUCUUUGCAGAUCUUCUCCAAGUCAUUAAGGUUUCGAGCCUGACGUUUGGCAACUCGAACCUUCAGCUCCCUCCACAUAUUUUCUAUGGGAUUAAGGUCUGGAGACUGGCUAGGCCACUCCAGGACCUUAAUGUGCUUCUUUUUUAGCCACUCCUUUGUUGCCUUGGCUGUGUGUUUUGGGUCAUUGUCAUGCUGGAAUACCCAUCCACGACCCAUUGUCAAUGCCCUGGCUGAGGGAAGGAGGUUCUCACCCAAGAUUUGACGGUACAUGGCCCCGUCCAUCGUCCCUUUGAUGCGGUGAAGUUGUCCUGUCCCCUUAGCAGAAAAACACCCCCAAAGCAUAAUGUUUCCACCUCCAUGUUUGACGGUGGGGAUAGUGUUCUUGGGGUCAUAGGCAGCAUUCCUCCUCCUCCAAACACGGCGAGUUGAGUUGAUGCCAAAGAGCUCGAUUUUGGUCUCAUCUGACCACAACACUUUCACCCAGUUCUCCUCUGAAUCAUUCAGAUGUUCUUUGGCAAACUUCAGACGGGCCUGUAUAUGUGCUUUCUUGAGCAGGGGGACCUUGCGGGCGCAGUAGGAUUUCAGUCCUUCACGGUGUAGUGUGUUACCAAUUGUUUUCUUGGUGACUAUGGUCCCAGCUGCCUUGAGAUCAUUGACAAGAUCCUCCUGUGUAGUUCUGGGCUGAUUCCUCACCGUUCUCAUGAUCAUUGCAACUCCACGAGGUGAGAUCUUGCAUGGAGCUCCAGGCCGAGGGAGAUUGACAGUUAUUUUGUGUUUCUUCGAUUUGCGAAUAAUCGCACCAACUGUUGUCACCUUCUCACCAAGCUGCUUGGCGAUGGUCUUGUAGCCCAUUCCAGCCUUGUGUAGGUCUACAAUCUUGUCCCUGACAUCCUUGGAGAGCUCUUUGGUCUUGGCCAUGGUGGAGAGUUUGGAAUCUGAUUGAUUGAUUGCUUCUGUGGACAGGUGUCUUUUUAUACAGGUAACAAGCUGAGAUUAGGAGCACUCCCUUUAAGAGUGUGCUCCUAAUCUCAGCGUGUUACCUGUAUAAAAGACACCUGGGAGCCAGAAAAUAUUUAUUUCCCCACAUAAAAUGCAAAUCAAUUUAUAACAUUUUUGACAUGUGUUUUUUCUGGAUGUUUUUGUUGUUAUUCUGUCUCUCACUGUUCAAAUAAACCUACCAUUAAAAUUAUAGACUGAUCAUGUCUUUGUCAGUGGGCAAACGUACAAAAUCAGCAGGGGAUCAAAUACGUUUUUUCCCUCACUGUAGCUAUAGGAAUAAAACAUUUAACGUUCUCUUUAGGGUUUGAAGCUGAUCCUAUGGUAUCGGGAAAUAAAGGUUUUGUGUUGAGAUCGGAGAAGAUCACCAUAUAGGCUAUUUCAUGUUUGUUUUUUAAUUGUGGUCUUAGUCGUUUUUUUCUCUCAAUGUGUCCAUUUGUCUGUCUGUUCGUCCAUCGCUUGAUCCCGUGUCAUCAUACCGAGCAGUGCUUAUAAUGGCUUAUAAAUGGCUUAUGUCAACCAUUUGCCCCCCCCCCCCAGCAGCUACACCUCCCCCCUGACUUGCCUUGCGCCCAUGUAUGUGCAUGUGUCCGUGUACUGUACGCAUCUAUAUAUUCUUACAUAUAUUGAUGAGUGUUGCUGAUGCUACCCGUUUCCUGUUAGCUUUUUCUAGCGAGAUGUCAAAAAUGUUCUGGAUCCUACCGACGCCCAUAGACGUACAUACAGUUCCAUCGGUCUUGUUAAUGAAAGGCUUGAUUGAAGCCUCAAAUUAAAUGUGGGCUGAAAAUGGUGACUAUGCGUUUGUUAGUACUUCUAAGUCCAGAACAGUUCAGUUCAAUGAUUCCACACUGAAAUUCUUCAGUCUCGUAUGUCCCCUUCAAACUCCACACACACACACACAGCAGCAUCCUUCUCUUCCUCUGGUGCUCCUUCUCCUUCCAAUCCAUGCAGCGCCCAGCCUCCCCCUGCCCUCUGCUGGUCCGGAGUGGUAUUACAGGACCACAGCUCUGGGCAGGGCUGGCUGGUUGCCCCUAACAUGUUCACUAGUGUCUGAGAGAUCUCCAAAUGCUGUGACCAGACUACCAACCUCCAGUGCUCCUUGUGUCUAGUUGGGGAGUCAGGGACCUGAAGGCUAAGUUUAAAAGGUUCCUCAUACCUGUAUUUUUGGUGAUUUUCCCUUUUGUAUGUUUUCACCAAGUGCUGUAAAACAGACCAUUUGUAUAAAUGGUUAUAAAAGCAAAAGCUUCACUUUGGCUGGAUAACCUUUCACAAGGGUUAACUCACAAGGAGCAUAAGGUUGUGGUUGGGGACAGAGUCUGGAGAUCGAACCAACCCUUGAUACUCUUUGGCUGCACCCUUACCCCUGUACCCUGUGCCUAGGCCUGACACACACACACACACACACACACACAGGUCUCUGUGCAUGGUAAGGUGGUUUGGGGAUACAGAAGCAAUUUGAGAGGUUGGGCAGCACCACAUUCCCACCUCUGGGUUAACCAAUUGGAUUUGCACCCUUUGGUUUGGGGAUAUGGUCUGCUGCCAAAACGCAUGACUAACCUGAGACUUUACGCCAACAUUAUUGAGAUGUUAUCCCCCCUCCCCUCCCCUCCCUCCCCCUGGGUGUGGCUCACAGGGUCACUGUGGCGCUAUGUGAGGGCGAGCAUGACCCUCUCAGGGUACCUGCCGCCCCUCUGCGACCCCAAAGAUGGAAACUUGCUUAUGGACGGGGGCUACAUCAACAACCUGCCAGGCAAGUAGAUGAGGAGGAGAACAGGAAAGGAGGAGGGAGGGGGUAGUAGGAUAUUUUCAGUUAUUUUAGUUGGGGGGGGGGGGGGAUUGAGAGAUCGUCCAUGGGUAAGUAUGUAUGUGCGAGGGCUGUCAUUGACGAUGGUGGAGAUGAUAGUUUGACAGAAUUCUGUUGUUUUUUCUUCAAUCUGAGCAGUGGGAAUGAGCGUUCAAUUAAUUUCCAUUGUCAAAAUGUUAUUUGCCAACAUUAUUUUCAAAAUAUAUCCAUAGAUUGACUGAAAAGAAAACAAAUAUGUAAAUGAACCCCAUAGUGUAUUUGAAAUUGGUCUAUAACAUGCUUUCAGCUCAGGAUCAAUCUUUACUGUCAGAUGGGAGGAAAUGCAGCACAGAUCGUCCAGUGUGUUAGUGAUUGUGGACGCUGGCGAUACAAACUAUCCCAUUGUCCAGUAUCCACAAGCUGUUUAAAUCAAUACUAAAUCAACAGAGUUUCAGAAAGCUAUGUGUCUGUCAGUAAGGCUUCCUGGUGUCUUACUGGCUGAGAACAUCUAAAGGGGCGGGACAUACCGUAUUCCUCAGAUUAUUGGGGUGUUGAUAGAGUUGUGAUUUUGGGCAACUUAAAAACGAUAUACAGUUAGCUUUCUCAAUUCCAUAAAACAAAACAAUAGCCCGUGCUUCUAAAUCAGUGACUUCCAAGACACCAGUCGGCUCUGACAGUACAUUCCCUUCCAGUUUGAAUACGAAACAUAGCAUCAGGCCCCUCAACAAACUGGUAUUCAUUAGAAUGUUACCAACUUGGGAGUUCUACCAAAUGGAUGGAUGUAUGGAUUGCUUGUUACAUUCCAACUGGAAAAAGGACAACUUGAAACAUUUUAUUUCUGCAUGCUACUCAAAUCUUCUACUAUGUUACUCUUAUCUCCUCUGGAAGUCAUCAUUGUAGCGUGCAGAAAAUAAAUAUGAAACACAAAACCAUGUUUCACAAACCUGAUGAAAUUUAACAUCAUCCUUCUCCAUUUUGGAUGAAUCCGGUUUAUUUAGAUGUAGAAGCUCCUUGUGGUUUGUGCAACAUGGUCGGAUGGCUUAGAGGUCUACUAUGUAUUUGAUGAUUUGGGUGGACACACCCACAGAGUUGGACCCAGUGUUUUUCAGGCUAAAGCAAUGACAAGUCUCACAUUCUUAAAGGCAGAAGAGGCGCAAUGCCAUAGUAACCAUAUAGUGUUGACGAUGGAUUUAGAACGCUAAUGAUAGAAGUUUAAGCUCUUCAAAAUUAGGCUUGGCUCAUUUUGACAUUUUUGUCAUUUAGUAGACACUGUUAUCCAGAGCGACUUACAGGAGAAAUUAGGGUUAAGUGCCUUGCUCAAGGGCACAUCGUUUCAUCAUUUCAACCAGCAACCUUUCAGUUACUGGCCCAACACUCUUAACCACUAGGCUAUCUGCCAGUUCCUUAAACACAUUGGGACAACACUGUGGAGUGGACUGGUGGGACCUGCACCCUUCACAGGGUACUUGGUCUCAAACACUCGCUGGGACUCGCACCAUAAACACACACACCAAGGCAGCAUUAUCAACAAUGCAGGAGCAAACGAAAGGUGGAAAUUAGAAUUCACCCAAUUGGGACCAUAAGAAUUCACAUUGGGACCAUGUAGUAGGGCGAUAUGAGUAGAUUUACUGUAUAAAACUGGAAAUUAAAUUAAGUUUGAUGUGAUUAUCCAGUGAGUGACGUAAUGCAGCCAAUUGGGGUGUCUGUUUUUGGUGGAGUGAAUUUGAAUAUGUUAAUGAAGUAUAGGAAGGACAACGGUCCUAUUAUGAAAUAACCACAAUAACCCCAGACUGGUUUUUCCUUAUUGUCCCUGCUGCCGGCUCGUGUACGUCCGUGUUUUUGUUUCGCUACGUGUGUGUGUGUGUGUGUGUGUGUGUCACAACGUGACAUCCCACAGCGGACAUCGCAAGAAACAUGGGCGCCAAGACGGUCAUCGCUAUCGACGUAGGUAGCCAGGACGAGACGGACCUCUGUAACUACGGCGACAGCCUGUCGGGCUGGUGGUUGCUGUGGAAACGGAUCAACCCCUGGGCGGAGAAAGUGAAGGUGAGAUGAUCAACGCAGAUGACCCCACACACCAACACGCGCACACACUCAAUCACACACACUCACACACUAUCGUCUAUACCCACCCAGGUUCCAGAUAUGGCAGAGAUCCAGUCCAGGCUGGCCUAUGUGUCGUGUGUACGUCAGCUGGAGGUGGUUAAGAAGAGUGCCUACUGCGAGUACAUCAGACCACCCAUCGACCGCUUCAAGACAAUGGACUUCGGCAAGUUUGACGAGAUCUACGUGAGUUCCACAAUUCCUUCUCAACACCUCUCUCCCUCUCUCUCUCCCUCCCUCAUCUCCCUUCUCCCCCCCCUCCUCCUCCUCUCGCUCCGUUUCUCUCUCUGAUGUAUCUUCUCCUUAUACAGGCUCUGGGAUAUGUUCAAAGUGUAUUUACAUUCAUGAUAACUUUUGUUAUGUAAUAAUGUUAGAGAGAAGCACAUUUUAGAUAACAGCUGACAUUAAGUUUGGUAAAAUACAGUCUCCUGUUCAUAGCUAACAAAUCUCACGGGAAAAGACCUUCGGAGCUUGGUCUCCAACAGACUCUAGUCAUAUUGCUUGUUACUGUAGCACAUGGUCUGUCACCCCAGGCUAACCUCUCCUGUCCUCUCUGUCUGUCAGGAUGUGGGCUACCAGCACGGUAAGCUGCUCUUCACCGGCUGGGCCCGUGGUGACAUUAUCCACAACAUGCUCAAGGACCACCGCUCGGCAGACUACAACGACAGCAAGACUAAGACGGACGUGAGUCACUCACACACGAACACACACACACACACGUCACAAACCUUACAUUUACCAUCUCACAGCUGCUCCGCUUUACAUUAUCCAUUAGCACAUAGUUACAUUUCUAUAACGUUUUUAUAACCGCCCUUACAUUAUGACAUUCUCCUAACAUAACAUUUACCUAACGUUAUUAUAACAUUCCCAUGACAUUCUCUUGUUUUAAGCUGUGCUCGUUAUUACAUGUUACAUGAAUUCUAACAUUCUUGUAACAUUAUGACAUUCUCUUGUUGUAUUCCAGUCCUGUACGUGUCCAGGAUCAGACUUCACUGACCUGGCUGAGAUAGUGUCCAGGAUUGAGCCGGUCCAGACCUACGUCGAUCCUGACACUGAUGCUGCUGAGGGUAAGAGGCUAUUAUAAAGUGGAAAAUGUACCGAAGUCUGGUUGAGCAGUAACACUGCCCCCACGGCGAUAAGGGUUUGAGCCUUUGGCCUUUAUCUCUGUUUCCCUCUUUACCCGUCUCCUGACUCUUCCAAGUGUCCUGCAAUAAAAUAAUAAAUCAGAGCUCCAGAGCCAGUGUCCACAAAGCCUCUCAGAGUAGGAUUGCUGAUCUUUAAUCAGUUUUGCCUUUUAUAUCAUAAUGAAUAAGAUUAUAUGGAAUGAUCCUAGAUCAGCACUCCUGCUCUGAGACUCUGAGUAAGGGCCCUGGUCGCCUUUAAAACAUAUUGAAUGUAUCUUUAUUUAAAUUGUAGCUCCUUUACGAUAGGAAUAUACCUGGAGAGGUAUGUGGACACCCCUUCAAAUUAGUGGAUUAGGCUAUUUCAGCCACACCUGUUGCUGACAGGUGUAUAAAAUCUUCCAUAGACAAACAUUGGCAGUAGAAUGGCCUUACUGAAGAGCUUAGUGACUUUCAACGUGGCACCGUCAUAGGAUGCCACCUUUCCAACAAGUCAGUUUGUCAAAUUUCUGCCCUGCUAGAGCUGCCCCGGUCAACUGUAAGUGCUGUUAUUGUGAAGUGGAAACGUCUAGGCUCAGCCGCGAAGUGGUAGGCCACACAAGUUCACAGAACGGGACCGCCGAGUGCUGAAGCGUGUGGAAAUCGCCUGUCCUCGGUUGCAACACUCACUACCGAGUUCCAAACUGCCUCUGGAAGCAACGUCAGCAUAAGAACUAUUCGUCGGGAGUUUCAUGAAAUGGGUUUCCAUGACUGAGCAGCCUCCUAAGAUCACCAUGCGCAAUGCCAAGCGUCGGCUGGAGUGAUGUAAAGCUUGCCGCCAUUGGACUCUGGAGCAGGGGAAAGGUGUUAUCUGGAGUGAUGAAUCACGCUUCACCAUUUGGCAGUCCGACGGAAGAAUCUGGGUUUGGCGGAUGCCAGGAGAACGCUACCUGCCCGAAUGCAUAGUGCCAACUGUAAAGUUUGGUGGAGGAGGAAUAAUGGUCUGAGGCUGUUUAUCAUGGUUCGGGCUAGGCCCCUUAGUUCCAGUGAAGGGAAAUCUUAACGCUACAGCAUACAAUGACAUUCUAGACGAUUCUACGCUUCCAACUUUGUGGCAACCGUUUGGGGAAGGCCCUUUCCUGUUUCAGCAUGACGAUGCCUCCAUGCACAAAGCGAGGUCCAUACAGAAAUGGUUUGUCGAGAUCGGUGUGGAAGAACUUCACUGGCCUUCAGAGCCCUGACCUCAAUGCCAUUGAACACCUUUGGGAUGAAUUGGAAUGCCGACUGCGAGCCAGGCCUAAUCGCCCAACAUCAGUGCCCGCCCUCACUAAUGCUCUUGUGGCUGAAUGGACGCAAGUCCUCGCAGCAAUGUUCUAGUGAAAAGCCUUCUCAGAAGUGUGGAGGCUGUUUAUAGCAGCAAAGGGGGGGACCAACUCCAUAUUAAAGCCCAUGAUUUUGGAAUGAGAUAUUCGACGAGCAGGUGUCCAUAUACUUUUGGCCAUGUAGUGUUUCACAUGGCAGUCUUCAGUCUUGUUGCUAGCGCAGUAUGGCUGGUCUCUUUCAUAGUGCAUAACUGUGUCUGUGUGUCCCACAGCGGGGGACGAGUCGGACUGCCUGACGGAGUAUGAGGAGGACGGGAUGGACACGGUGAGAGAAGAGGAGGAGGAAGAGGAGGAGGAAGAGGAAGAGGGGGAACAGGAACUCGAUGACCACUCCCCCGUAGAGUGGGACCAGAACGGAGUCUUCCAGGUGGUAUGUCUAACACACACACAGAUACAUGGACACCAUAUCAACAUCAUAGACUCUCACUCACUUUCACUCACUCACUCACACACACUCAUCCUACUGUUAGUAGUGACUGUGUGUUGUUCCUCUAGGAUGAGGAGAAGUCAGUCCGCCAGCGGUGGAAAACAGAAGGUGACUCCAACACCUACUCCGAGCUCUCCGACUGCUGA